AUUCCAAUUGAAAGAAAUGGAUGCAGAUGGUGUAUCGAAUAGUUAUGAAAAGUGGUGUCAACGUGGUUGCUUUCAGGGUUCUAUUUGCUAUUGUAAAACAUUGUUAAAGAACAAAGUAUGAAUUGUAACGAUAUGAUUCGGUUAAUAAAAAAUGUGGCGUUAUUACUAUUUACGGAAGAGUGUGCAGAAAAGUAUUUUGAUGAAUUUAAUUUUCUUCAUGUUGGAUGCUUCAAAGCAACUCUGAGUAAAAUUUUAGGCCUGUGUAUCAUUGGAGGUUCCCUCCUUGUAAAAAUUCCACAAAUUGUAAAAAUUUUCCAAAACAAGAGUGGGGAAGGAAUCAAUAUCUUUAGUGUAUUGUUAGAUUUAUUUGCCAUUACUGCAAUGGUAUCUUAUAGUUUUAUCAAUGGAUUUCCAUUUAGUGCCUGGGGCGAUGGGGUAUUUUUAGGGCUUCAAACUUUAGCCAUUGCAGUUUUAGUAAUGCAUUAUAAUGGAGAAACAACAAAAGCAACAGCCUCUCUUUUUGCUUAUAUAGCAGUAGUUUUUGCAGCUAAUAGUGGGGUAACACCAGUCUAUAUCCUCUGGGCAUGUCAAACAAUAAACAUACCCAUUGUUCUUAUUAGCAAGCUCAUGCAAGCCUGGACAAAUUAUUCAAAUGGAAGUACUGGUCAGUUAUCUGCAGCAACAAUUUUCAUGCUAUUUUUUGGUUCCCUUGCAAGAAUUUUCACUUCCAUCCAAGAAACAGGUGAUACAACUCUUAUAAUAAUGUACACAUGUUCCACAUUAGCAAAUGGUAUAAUAGUAGCACAACUUUUCUACUAUUGGAAUGUAGAUGAAAAGAGUAGAAUAAAAAUUAAGAAAAAAUUAUAGGACAGAAAAGAACACAAAUGUUUAUAUAUAGCAUGUGAUCUACAUAUGUAUCAUCUACAUAUGUCAAUAAUUACGAAUUUAAUAACAUAACAGUAUAAAAGUUUGCGUAUAUAAUAUUCUAAGGUACAUAUGGUGUUGGAAUGAAUGGUUAGAAAUCAAUUUCCAUGAAAGCAAAUAGUGUUCUUUUUAAGAAUACUUGAAAAGCGAUAGGAUUCACAAAUAUAUCAAUAUAUUUAAAUUACUGAUAAUUUUACGCAGUUUUUGACAACAAGAAUAAUUAAACAAGAACUAUUCAUGUUUAUUAUAGAGUAGUAGAAAGUAACAAUAUAUAGGAUAUUAAUCUUAAAUAUUAAAUUGUAAAAGCUUUUAAGAUAUAUGAUCAGUUAAAUCCUACUAGACAUGUAAGUGCCAAAUGCUAUUAUUAGAGCGAUGCUAUUUUAAUAGAUGUAGAGUUUACAUUAUGUAUAUCUAAGUGAAACAUAGGAUUAGGAAAGUUAUUUUAUAAAAGUAACUUGUUAUUAUUAUCAUUAUUCUUUUUUAAAGCGUAAUUUGUUUGGAAUAAGUUCUGCAAAAUAAACCGUUACAAUUACUAUUAUUUAAAAAAUAACGAAUCGUUAUUUUUCUCGUUACUUUAUGUAAAUGCUGAAAUAAGACUAAUGAUUUUUUAUAGGGGAAAGGAAAGGGAGAGAAAGAAGGAAAGAUUUAUUUAAAAUAUAGAAUUUGGACAGAAUUAACAGAGAUAUAGAAUCUAAGAAAAUAAAAAGUCGAAUAUUACAAAAUUUAUUUAUUAAAUUUCAAAAGAACCCGAUGCUCUAUUAUGGUAUCAUCAUUUUAGUGUGUUUUUUGUGAUAUGAAAACUAUUUUUCCAAUGAGCGUUCAUUACUUGUGGGUAUUGACGGAUUCUAAGGGGAGGUUUUGGGGUUAAAACCCCCCUUCCAAAUUAAAAAAAAUCAGUCUUACUAGAUCUGUUUAAGAAAUUUAGGUAAAAUGAUAGGCCGAUUAACACAGGCCGAUUAACACAGCCGCCCAUGAAUUAAAUUCUUAUAUUUAGGAUUCACUGCAUCUAAACUGUCCGAUUUCUGAUAUACAAUGUCCGCUGUUAUUUGCCGAGAGUCUAUUAAUGAUUAUAAAAAACCUUAAAGCUACA